CUCUGAAGGUCUGGAGUUGAAGAUUCAAGUUCAUUCGGCACCUACCAGAGAAUCCCAGCUGGGGACGCCUGCAGCCCUCUCCUGGCCUUGAUUCAAGACACCUCCUUUCCUUGGGAUUUAAGCUGUCACUGGGGGAUGAUCAGUUCUGUUGGUUCCCUUGCUGCUUCCCAGCCUGCCCCGAAGCAACCUGAGAAAUAAGUGGAAGGGACAGCUUGGAGGUGCCAGGCCUAAUGUCCUCACUCAUUUUACAGAUGAGGAAACCGAGGCCCAGAGGAGGGAAACGGCCUGCAGUGGGUAAUGCCUCCUGAAGGCCCGGGAUGCUAAAGUUCCUCCUCUGUGAUCUGUUCCCACCUCCUCCAGCCCCCAUCAGAAGCACCAGGGAACAUGGAUUCUCAUUUCAGUUCAGCCAGUCCUCCUUGGGGUGACCUCAGUUCAGCCUCAAGGCAGUCCAUCGUGGUCAUCCACCCCGACAUGGGCCACGAGCUGUCCCCGGAGGAAGCCCACCGCGCCGGGCUCAUUGACUGGAGCAUGCUUGUGAAACUCAAAAGCCAGGAGUGUGACUGGGAGGAAAUCUCAGUGAAGGGGCCCAACGGGGAGUCCUCAGUGAUACACGACAGGAAGUCUGGCAAGAAGUUCUCCAUCGAAGACGCCCUGCAGAGCAGCAGGUUGACCCCUGCUCAGUAUGACUGUUACGUCAACAAGGACAUGUCCAUCCAGGAGCUGGCGGUCUUGGUAUCUGGGCAGAAGUAGGCACAGCCCUUGCAACUCUUCUUAGUGGCAGAUGCUGGCCCUCUCUUACGACGCAGUGACCUCCAUGAUGUCGUCUUCUCCCUGGCCCUGUGCAGGCCAAGCAUUUUAUAAACACCCUCGCUGCCAGGCUGUCAGAGUCCAGCCCACAUAUGGGACAGACACUGGCUGAAGACAGGCAACUCUCAUCCCGACCACCAUUCACUCUGAGUGACCCACUUCAUCCUCCAGUGAUUGGACAAAUCCGAUACCCCUUUUUCCUCCCCUUUCCCAUACACUCCCAGCAACAAACUCCUCGUGAUAGUGGCACACAAUCUGCAAACCACUAAAGGACAAGCCGACCACAGCGGCCAAACCCACUCAGUGCAGCAUGGGCACUGGCACAGCAGACAGUGACACUCUGCCCUACAAGGGACUAGGUCCAUUGGGGCUGCUGCCCGUCAUGACAUCUCUCCAGAUUUUGGACUUAAAACCAACUUUCCAUCAGAGAAGACUCCUCCAUAGUUACUCUGCUCAUGAAACAGAUCUGGGCUCCAUGCCAGGGAAGGCAAACAGAAAUCACAAGUGUCCAGCCCUCUAGAGUGGACAGUAAUUGUCAGCCGGACUGUCCCAGCACCAAUAGAGAACACUUCACAGU